CAUCAUUAUCGGCCGGAUCGAGUUCAACAACCUCACCUGCUGCAUGCAAAACGACUAGGACUAUAAAUAAAUACCCAGCCCUCCAUCACAGCCUCCAUUGAUAUCUCUCACUAAGCUCGCAAACACCAAGAUGGUGCAGCGCAGCAGCAACGCGGAGGUGAUGUCCAUGGACCUCAGCCCGAAGAAGCCCGCCAAGUCCUACGGCGGCGACGGCGGCGCCUACUACGCCUGGUCCCCCGCCGACCUCCCCAUGCUCGCCGCCGCCUCCAUCGGCGCCGCCAAGCUCCACCUCGCAGCCGGCGGCCUCUCCCUCCCCUCCUACUCCGACUCCGCCAAGGUCGCAUACGUCCUCCAGGGCAGCGGCACCAUCGGCGUCGUCCUCCCCGAGGCCACGGCGGAGAAGGUGAUCCCGGUCAAGGAAGGCGACGCCCUGGCGCUCCCCUUCGGCGUCGUCACCUGGUGGCACAACGCCGCCAUGGAUUCCUCCUCCACGGUGCUCGUCGUCCUCUUCCUCGGCGACACCGCGAAAGCCCACAAGCCAGGCCAGUUCACCGACUUCCAGCUCGCAGGCUCCACCGGCAUCUUCACGGGCUUCUCCACCGAGUUCGUCGCCCGGGCCUGGGACCUCCCCGAACCAGCAGCGGCCUCCAUCGUCUCCACCCAGCCCUCCUCCGGCAUCACCAAGCUCAGCCCGGCCCACAAGAUGCCAUCCCCGGACCCGGCCCACCGUGCCGGCAUGGUGCUCAACUGCCUGGAGGCGCCGCUGGACGUGGACAUCCCGGCGGGCGGCCGCGUCGUGGUUCUCAACACGGCCAACCUGCCGCUGGUCAAGGAGGUCGGGCUCGGAGCCGACCUCGUCAGGAUCGACGCCGGCUCCAUGUGCUCCCCGGGGUUCUCGUGCGACUCGGCGUACCAGGUGACUUACAUUGUGAGCGGCGGCGGCAGGGUGCAGGUGGUCGGGAUCGAUGGGAAGAGAGUGCUGGAGACGAGGGCGGAGGCUGGGUGUCUCUUUAUCGUGCCCAGGUUCUUUGUUGUCUCCAAGAUCGCUGAUCCCACUGGCAUGUCCUGGUUCUCCAUCAUCACCACACCAAACCCGAUCUUCAGCCACCUGGCGGGGAAGACGUCGGUGUGGAAGGCGAUCUCGCCGGCGGUGCUGGAGACGGCCUUCAACACCACGCCGGAGAUGGAGAAGAUGUUCCGUGGCAAGAGGCUCGACUCGGAGAUCUUCUUCGCUCCAAACUAGAUGUCAAUCAGCUAUCCAUCCAUCCAUCUCCAGAUCGAUUCCAGGCCAGGCCGGCGGCAGCUUCACUUUACGUCUUCGAUUAGUUCCUCGAUCAGUAGCUCGUUUAUCAAUCAAUUAGCAUCGUGUGUGUGUAAUAAUAAGAUGGAUGGAUGGUCCGUGUUAGGUUUUAUAUCUAUCAACUCUUUCGAUCGAUUGGGAAGAACAAUAUGAUUUAUCUGGUGGAGAUAUCUUGUCGUUGCGAUGUGAUGAUCAAGCUCAUCUUCUUUAAUCUGGUGGAAUUUUAGCCCGACGUUUGAUUAA